AGCGUGUUCCUGCCUGCUGUCCGGGACUGCAGUUAAUUUUAGCCAGGGUUUGUUCUACAAGUUGUAAAACUGUUUACCCAAGUAGAAGCUCCGAGCCUGAAAUGUGAGUGCUCCGCCUAAUGUGAUAGGAGCUCUAUUUUAGACUUCAGAUUGUAUUUAUGACCCGCAGAGCAGCCUUCUGAAGAAGUGUUGUGGCUCAGGUUUCCAUUGAAACGACUUGUUAUGGCAUCUCCAGGCUCGGGGAGACGAGCUUAUGAUGAUUAAAAAGAUACAAAGGUUUUACCUGAAGAGAAAUGAUUGAAGAGUGAUUCCCUGUGCCAGAAGAAGCUCAUAAUUAAGCAGGUCCAAAGUUCGGAUAUUUUACAGCCUCUUAAGACAGACACUUGCAAGAGGGGAUAUCACAGCGUUUCUAGUCUCAGAGAAAAAUAUGGAAUGUGUUUUACUGCUGACUGAACACAACCAAACAAACUGUACAGACAAUAGUUUGAGAACCAGCAGUUAGCAGUUUGCUCAGGCUCUAACACUAUCCAGCACUUUCCAGAGCAAAAUCUCUGUUUACAAGAACUCUACCUUACAAGGUUUUUACAAACCUCAAGCUUGGUUUAUUUAAGUAUUUCUACAAAAGAAAAACUCCUGCAGUCCACUUGCAAAAAUGGCUAUGGAUGAUUACUUGUGGAUGGUCAUCUUGGGCUUUAUCAUAGCCUUUAUCUUGGCAUUUUCCGUUGGUGCAAAUGAUGUGGCCAAUUCCUUUGGCACAGCUGUGGGCUCUGGCGUGGUGACCUUGAAGCAGGCUUGCAUUUUGGCAUCAAUAUUUGAAACGACGGGCUCAGUAUUGUUAGGAGCAAAAGUGGGAGAGACUAUUCGAAAAGGUAUCAUUGACGUGAACCUAUACAAUGAGACAGUGGAAACGCUGAUGGCCGGGGAAGUUAGCGCCAUGGUUGGUUCUGCUGUUUGGCAGCUGAUAGCAUCAUUCUUGAGACUUCCAAUCUCAGGAACCCAUUGCAUUGUGGGUGCUACCAUAGGAUUCUCACUUGUUGCAAUUGGUACAAAAGGUGUACAGUGGAUGGAGCUUGUCAAAAUUGUUGCUUCUUGGUUUAUAUCUCCACUGUUGUCUGGUUUCAUGUCUGGCGUGCUGUUUGUGCUGAUCAGAAUUUUCAUCCUAAAAAAGGAGGAUCCAGUCCCCAAUGGUCUCCGUGCACUUCCACUAUUCUAUGCUGCUACCAUUGCAAUUAAUGUAUUUUCCAUCAUGUACACAGGGGCGCCAGUACUAGGUUUGGUUCUUCCAAUGUGGGCAAUAGCUCUCAUUUCAUUUGGCGUUGCUAUGGUAUUUGCUGUUUUUGUGUGGCUGGUCGUUUGUCCAUGGAUGAAGAGGAAGAUAGCAGGCAAAUUAAAGAAAGAGGGUGCCUUGUCAAGAAUAUCUAAUGAAAGUCUCCAUAAAAUCCAAGAAGCAGAGUCCCCGGUAUUUAAGGAGCUCCCCGGGGCCAAGACUAACGAUGACAUCACCGUCCCCCUCACUGGCUCGGCCCCCGAGACCCCUGGAGUGUCAGAAGGCACAGUAAAUGGAAGCCACUCACGAGUGCCCUAUGGAAGGGCCCUUUCCAUGACCCACGGUUCCGUGAAGUCCCCCGUGUCCAAUGGCACUUUCGGUUUUGACGGCCAGAUGAGAAGCGACGGACACGUGUACCACACCGUGCACAAAGACUCAGGGCUCUAUAAAGACUUGCUGCACAAAAUCCAUCUUGACAGGGGGCCUGAUGAGAAGCCCUUGCAGGAGAGUAAUUACAAGCUGCUUCGCCGUAACAACAGCUACACGUGCUAUACGGCGGCCAUCUGUGGGAUGCCGGUGCACUCGGCCUUCAAGGCCUCUGCCGACUCGUCCUCCGCACCGGAGGACAGCGAGAAGCUGGUGAGCGACGCCGUGACCUAUUCCAAGAAGAGGCUGCGCUACGACAGCUACUCCAGCUACUGCAACGCGGUAGCCGAGGCUGAGAUAGAGGCCGAAGAAGGCGGCGUGGAGAUGAGGCUGGCCUCGGAGCUGGCUGACCCCAACCAGCCCCUCGAGGACCCCGGUGAGGAGGAGAAGGAGGAGAAGGACACAUCCGAAGUGCACCUUCUCUUCCAUUUCCUGCAGGUCCUCACCGCCUGCUUUGGCUCCUUCGCACAUGGAGGCAACGACGUGAGUAAUGCAAUUGGCCCUCUGGUAGCUCUCUGGCUUAUUUACCAACAAGGUGGGGUACUACAAGAAGCGGCUACUCCAGUCUGGUUGCUGUUCUAUGGAGGAGUUGGAAUUUGUGCAGGUCUCUGGGUUUGGGGGAGAAGAGUUAUCCAGACGAUGGGGAAAGACCUCACUCCAAUCACCCCAUCUAGUGGAUUCACUAUUGAGUUGGCUUCGGCGUUCACAGUUGUGAUAGCUUCCAAUGUUGGACUUCCUGUCAGUACUACGCACUGCAAGGUUGGCUCCGUGGUAGCAGUGGGCUGGAUCCGUUCACGAAAGGCCGUCGACUGGCAUCUCUUCCGGAACAUCUUUGUGGCCUGGUUUGUGACGGUCCCGGUGGCUGGUUUGUUCAGCGCCGCAGUGAUGGCCAUCUUAAUGUAUGGCAUCCUGCCGUACGUGUGAAGGGGCACCAAGAGAUAAAUACAUACAUCAAUAAAGGGAUAGUCCAAUGUGUGUAUGGGUGUGACACGGUGUGACUGGCUCUUCCUGGCACACACGUGGUGCACACGUCUACAGCACGCACAUACAUGCUCGCUCUAAGCCACCAGCUUCGCCGUAUCCCAGAGUACAGACAGUGACCCCACUCACUACACUGUCCACCCGAGCGGCAGGAUCCCAGCUUCCAUCAUCUAACUUAACUACUGUCUAUAAAAACGUGUGCUCAAUUGGUGAUAUAACAUGUGAUGCCGUUACUUAUAUAUUAAAUAUAUACUAUAUACAUAGAGUAGGAAGCACUACUACUGCAAAUAUAUUCAGAGUUGGGGUGGAGAGAAUUGCCUAGAAUUAUCCAAUAAAUCUGUAUAUAAUUAUUUCAGUGGCGGUUUUUAAAAGCCUUUUAAAGGCAAUUGUAGAUUGGGAAAUGCUUCUUUUUUCCCGUGUGUAAGAUAAAUGAGGUACAGGCUAUAUAACACAAAUUUGAAAACACUGUAUGUGGGUCUGUAAUGGUCUCUGUGCUAUGGAAAUGAUACUGGAACAAAAGUUCACAAGUGCUUUCAUGAAUAAUUUGUCCAUAUACUGUAUUGAUUCUUGUGUAAUAUAUUGUAAUUGCUUUUGUAAAUACUUAAAACUGUUAACUUUUUAAUGGUGCAUUUCCCUUAUACAUUUCGGAUCAGAAAGUUUUAGAAAGUACCAAAGAAGUAGGGGAGUAUUUUGCCAGUAUUACAUUUUCACACUCUAUUUAUCUCCUUCUUCCUUGUUUCCACUAUUAAAUCAGGAUGUGGCAAGACCAAUCAUGUUUGAACUGGCCCCAGAGUAGUUUGUUAUGACUGCUGGACCCAUCAUUCCCAUGUAGCAUAGAUGAUCUCGCUACCUUCCCUUCUCUCCCCUCCCCUCUCUGCCUGAAUACCACAUAUCAGGAAGCUCUCGAGUGUUCUAGAGUUCUGUGGUUUAUUAGAGAGAACAUAAAAUUUUAAGGAAAUGUGAUAAAAUGGUGCAAUAUCAGGUGUGCACUUCAAAUGGCCCCUCCCACCCUUCUCUCUACCCCUAUAAGUUCAUCAAAGAAACUCCAGUCACAGACUUUGAAAUAGGUGUUACAUAUUCUGUGAUGGGACAUCGUGGAACUAUUCAGUUACAAUGAAAGGAGGAAAGUCUGGUUUGGAUUUUAGCCAAAACGGUCGCUGAUCAGAAAGUCCAUCGGCUUAGUACAUGUCAUUGGAGGACAGGAGCUAACAAUGCCAGGACCCUACUCCGGUCCUUCAGCUGUUGUUUUUUUGUAAGUGUGAGGGAGGGAGAAAGCUUAACUAAUGUAUAGGAAUUAUUGAGAUGCUGCUAAAUUUUUGAUAUUGACAGACAUUUUAUUGGUACUUCAUUGUGAUUUUUUUCAUUAAUCAGCCAUAUUAAAUUUAUAAUAAAAAUGACCCCUGAAAUAC